UUUUAUUAUUCUUUCCCAUGACGUGUUAUAAUUACGAUACACAAUCAAAAUGGCUGGCGAAGUAGUCGUAGAUGCGCUGCCUUAUUUUGAUCAAGGUUACGAUGAAACUGGAGUCCGUGAUGCGGCUCUUGCCCUUGUAGAAGAGGAGACCAGAAGAUACAGACCUACCAAGAAUUACCUAGAAUACCUCCCAUCAGCACAGUAUAAUCAGUUUGAGACAGAAAUUAUGAAGACGGAGUUUGAGCGUCUGCAGACACGUUUACCUAUGGAGAUGAUGAACAUGAAGCGUUACGAGUUACCACAACCUCCUGCAGGUAAAAUGACAGAUGUCUCGGCAUGGAACGAGUGUGUAGAAAAUUCACAAGCGCAGUUAGAGCAUCAGGCAUUAAGAAUACUGAAUUUAGAUUUACUACAAGAUUAUGGAAGCAAUGCCUGGAAGAAUUACAAUGACACACUUGUCAAGUUGUUGGAGCAGGCACAGAAACAACUAGCAGAUCUCAAAAAGAAGAUACAAGAGAUUAACUGGCAGAGAAAAAAUGAACAAACAGAGGCAGGUGCUAAAUUGAAGGAUUUAGAAAACAGUUGGGUAGGUCUUGUGAGUAAAAACUAUGAGAUUGAACGAGCUUGUGUAGAGAUGGAGAAAGAAUUGGCAGAACUUGAAAAACAGAAAAAGACAAAAAGAUGAAAGUUAUGAUUACUGUCUUUGUGGCUUCUACAUGAAAAAUGCAUUGCUUGAUGGGGAAAAUUGAUGCAGAACAGAACUGUACUUUGCUGUGCACAGGAAACAUUUGUUUAAGACUACAAAGUCAAGUUGACUCGAGCUGCAGAAUUUUCAGGAGGAUGUUCAUAUUUUAUAAGCAGUAAUAAGAAUUUGUGGAAUAUGGUUGUGUUUUAGGAAAUUAUGCUGUGUAAUAUUCACAAAUAUUUUGACCGUGAUUGGUAUUAUUUGCUAAUAUUAGGGAAAUAAAACCAUAAUGAAAAUUAAACAUUUUUCUGCAUUCUUGACCAGUAUACCACAGAGGAAUACAUACUUACAGGUGUUAGAUAUAAAGCUUUAUAAUUUAGGCAGUUUACUUCCAGUAUCUGUUUACAAAUGCUUUUUAUUUUGAAAGGAAUAAUUGGUAAAAACAACUAAAUUCUUAUUGUUUCCAUAAUAUAUAAUCUCUCAUUAACUGGGUUUCAACCCACCCCACUGGGGGAGAUACAUGUAUAGCGUUAGGUUACCCAUUAUCAGCAUGUACCAAUUACUGUGAAAUCAUUAAUAUUUUUUGUUGGGGACUUAUUUUCAUGGUCGAGUCAAUCCUAGAAAUUUAGUCCGAACGAACAUGUAAAUUUCCCAUUCCUUUUAUGUUCAAAAGCUGAAAUCCACGUAUUCAUAUCCCCAUGAAAUUUCUAUUUUGACCAAAACCACGAAAUUUCAUGCUCUUGAAAUUAAAUAAUUUUACAGUAUCGACAGAAUAUUAUAUUUUUCUUAAUUUACGCUAUAUACGUCCAACAUUGUCAGUUUGAGGCAAUAAUUAAGUCAUGUCUGAAGCUAAUCUAGUGCAUUGAUCCCAAUAAUUUUCCUCUAUUCUCCCAAAUUGAAAUCAAAACUACAGUAACUAGUUACUAUAUUAACAGUUCUGGUUGGUUAUGUUUGGCUUUGUGUCUGAAUGAAAAACAUUUUCUUCACAUUAAUCAGCUUUAAUAGGUUGGAGGUGUCAUGUGCCCACACUGGUUCCAUCAAAGUGAGUGUUGAGUGUUUAAAUGCUGAAAAACGAGGUGCAAGAUGGAAGUACUAGUGAAUCAUGGUAUUUUGAGUAUUGCGGCGAAAAAUAGGAAAAGGAAACUGUUACCUAUGUUGUUUCUCCUCAUUUAAAUUAACAGCAUUAACCUUUAAUUGAUUAUUGGUCAACUUUCUAUAACUAUUUGGUAGUAACAUGUUCCAAAUUUUGUAAUCAGAUGGAGCUGAAAAACCAUGACGUCACACCUUUACAUCACAUAUCCAAAAAGAAAAAAUGUGGAAUUGUAAGAUGAAAGGUCAGUUUAUAACCACACAGUAUUGUUUUUAUUAUAACAGAACAGAAUAGAAUCUUUAUUAACUUGUAUAAUUUGUGAAUCUUUUCACAGAAAUUUACUAUAAUCAUGUUGUGAAAACUGCCAAUAGUUGGUUACUUGUGGCUAUUGUUUUUGCCAUCCUUCCGUCUGUCAGGCCAUCACACUUCAUUUCCCAGUAAUAACUGGAGAAGCAUUGGACCUAGAACCUUGAAACUUCAUAGGGUGGUAGGUCUUAUGGAGUAGACAACCCCUAUUGUUUUUAAGGUCACUCCACCAAAGGUCAAGGUCACAGGGGCCUGAACAGGAAAACCAUUUCCGAUCAAUAACUUGUUGAGAACCACUUGACCCAGAAUAUUGAAACUUCAUAGGAUGAUUGGACAUGUGGAGUAGAUGACCCCUAUUGAUCUCGAGCAAAGGUCAAGGUCACAGGGGCCUGAACAUGGAAAACCAUUUCCAAUCAGUAACUAGAGAACCACUUGACUCAGAAUGUUGAAACUUCAUAGAAUGAUUCAACUUGCAGGUAGAUGACCCGUAUUGAUUUUGGGGUCACUCUAUUAAAGGUCAAGUUCACAGGGACCGUAACAUGGAAAUCCAUUUCUAAUCAAUGAUUUGAGAACCAUUUGACCAAGAACCUUCAAACUUUAAAGGUUGAUAGGAAUUACAGAGCAGACGACCCAUAUGGUUUUUGGGGUCACUUCAUCAAAGGUAAAGGUCACUGGGGCCAUCUGUCUGUCACACUUCAUUUUCUAUCAAUAACUGGAGGACCAUUUGACCUAGAACCUCCAAACUGCAUAAGAUGAUGGGGAUUACAAAGUAGAUGACACCUGUUAUUUUUGGGAUUGCUUGAUCAAAGGUCAAGGGCACACAGGCCUGAACAUGGAAAACCGUUUCUGAUCAAUAACUUGAGAACCACUUGACCCAGAAUGUUGAAUGAAAAGGAUGAUUGGAAAUGUAGAGUAGAUGACCCCUAUUGAUUUUUGGAUCACUUGAUCAAAGUUCAAGGUCAAAGUGGCCAGAAAUUGGAAGACCAUUUCUGAUCAAUAACUUAAAAACCAUUUGACUGAGAACCUUCAAACUGCAUAGGGUGAUAGGAUUUACAUAAUGGAUGACCCCUAUUGAUAUUGGGGUCACUUGAGCAAAGGUAAAAGUCACACGGGCCUCAACAUAGAAAACUCUUCGAUCAAUAACUUGAGAACCACUUGUCCCAGAAUGUUGAAACUUCAUAGAUGAUUGGAUAUGCAGAGUAGAUGACCCCUAUUAAUUUUUUGAUUGUCAAUCAAGCAAAGGUCAAGGUCACAGUGGUCAGAACAUGGAAAACUGUUUCCAGUCCAUAACUUGAGAACCAUUAGGCCCAGAAUGUUGAAACUUCUCUGGAUGAUUGGACAUUCCGAGUAGAUGAUCCCUGUUGCAGCCAACCAUUGGUGUCUCUUGGACUUUUGCUUCUAUCCCAUAUUGACUUCUUGGCUAUUACCACUAUGCAUUGGAGGAGACAUGGGCUUUUCUACAAAGGCAUCUUCUAGUUUUCCUUGUUUUUGUUAUCAUACAAUCUGGAAGUAAUUGCCAUUACUUGUGUUUAGCCUUGAAAUUUCAUGAGAAAAGAAUGUUAAACUUCUGCAGUAGGAUUAUAACAGAAACACUUUAUUCUAUAUACAUGUUUUCAAAGUGUGGGAGAUGGUAAUUUACUGUGCAGUUAUCGUUUGGAUUAACUGUGUUCAUUUUGUUAAUAUUUUAUCAUAACAGAAACUUGAAACAUCGUUUUAAAAUCAUGUUCAUUUUGUAAUAAUGAUUAAUAAAUUCCAAAGUAUGA